AUGUUGAAGGCCGCCGCAGAACGAGGCGUGAAGGUAUACAUCCUGGUAUAUAAGGAGGUUGCUGCUGCCCUCAGCUGCGACAGCGCACAUACGAGGACUGCUCUUGAGGCACUUCAUGAGAACAUUCGUGUCUUCAGACAUCCGGAUCACUAUCCCACAGGUUACGACUUCCAAAGCGAAUUGGGCAAAACAGUCAAAGCCCUGACUAGUUUUGACUUAUUCAAGGCAUCAGGAGAUGCGCUGAAGGCUGUUUACGGUACUGCUGGCGACGUUGUGUUGUAUUGGGCGCAUCACGAAAAGCUUCUGGUCAUCGACAACGGAAAGAUAUGUUUCAUGGGAGGACUGGACAUGUGCUUUGGUAGAUGGGAUACAAACAGUCACCCCAUUGCGGACGCCCACCCGGGUAACCUGGAUGAAAUUAUCUUCCCAGGACAAGACUACAAUAAUGCUCGAGUGUAUGAUUUCGCCAAUGUCAAGGACUGGGACCAGAACCAGCUUGAUCGUACCAAAAGCUCGCGCAUGGGCUGGUCGGAUGUCACUGUGAGCAUGACUGGUCCCAUCACUCGUGACAUGGUUGACCACUUUGUUGAUAGAUGGAAUUUCAUCUUCAAAGAAAAGUAUAAUAAGAAGAACCCUGGAAAGUACCAUGCACUUGAACUUCCUCCACGAGGUCCUUCUGGUGGUGGAGAUAGACGAUCUAGAGGUGAAGAUGACCACUUGGGUGGUUUGACUGAGCAAUUUAGUCGCGGUAUGAAUAGAUUGAGAUCAUUUGGAGAGCAUGAUGCUCCACGACACAGUGACCGUGAACAUGGCUCUCGAGGUGGCAAUAUGCCUCACAUUCAGAUGAUUCGAAGCUGUGCUGAGUGGUCAUCUGGCCAUCCGCUUGAGCGUUCGAUUCAGACUGCCUACAUUCAGUCUAUCAACGAAGCUAAGCACUUUAUUUACAUCGAGAAUCAGUUCUUCAUCACUGCUACCGACGACAAACAAAGAGUUGUUAAGAACAAGAUCGGCGCUGCGUUGGUUGAUCGAAUCAUCCGUGCCGAUCAUGAAGGUCAGCCAUUCCACGUCUGGGUUCUUAUGCCUGCAGUCCCAGCAUUCGCCGGCGAUCUUCACGACGACGGCGCUCUGGGAACCCGAGCUAUUAUGGAGUUCCAAUAUGACUCUAUCAGCCGCGGUGGCUAUAGUAUCAUUGAGAAGCUUCUUAAGGCGGGCAUCCGUGAUCCUAGCAGAUACAUCGGCUUCUACAACCUUCGCAACUUUGACCGUAUCAACACUUCUAGGACUAUGGCUGAAACAGAGGCCCGCACCGGCGUCUCUUACGAAGAUGCUCGUAAGCAGAAAGAUCGUGAACUGGGUGGUUACCCAGAGCAUAGCUCCGAAAGGGAGGCACAUGAGGAAUACCAAGGGAGCCGCGGCGAUUUCUCCAGCCCUCGACAAGGUGGUGGAUAUCAAAGCCGAGAGUACGGAGGCCGAUCCGAGCGAGAUGAGUAUCACCGGGAAUCUCGACGGGGUUACGGCGACAGUAGUAGAGGGCAGGAUGAUGAUUACCGCGAACGACACUCUGACUCCAGGCACGGCAGACGUGGUAGCGACAGCGAUGACGAUCGUCGAAGAGAUCGCAGCCGCGGAGGCCACUCUGACUACCGUAAAAGCAACAGGCGAGGCAGCGAUAGUGAUGAUGACAGACGUCGUGACAACUACGGCCAAACUCAGCGGGAUCCUUACGGGCACCCCCGAGCUGACCCACGCUUCGCAAGACAGGGAGGUUAUUCUCAGCAUGACUCCGAGUCUAGGUACAACAGACACGACGAUGACAGUGAUGAUGAGAGGAGAGGUGGCAACUAUGGAAGAGAGUAUCAGCCUAACCCGUAUGAUCACCCUGGAGCCGAUCCUCGAUUCGCAAGACCACAAGGAAGCUAUUCGCAACAGGGCUACGGCGGACGAGAUGAGUAUCAAGGUGGUUACUCAGAGCAAAGCCAUGGAGGUCGUUCUGACUACGACCGACCACCUCGCCAGGAAUACUCCAGCUCUUCUCGCUACGACGACCGACCCGAGCACUCGAGAUACGAUGGCCGACCUCAAAGUCAGGAAUACCAAGGGGGUCACUCCGGCUCGUCGAGCCACGACAACAGACCCCAGCAGCAGUCUUACCAGCAGUACCAGCAAGGAGCGAGCCAAGUGGCGGACCGCACUCUCGAUACCAUCAGUGCUUGCUACAUGGACCAAGGCCCUCGAGUUACUGAUCUUCGCUGGGAAGGCAACCCUGAGGAUGAGAUCAACGCCUUUGUUUCCGAGGAGUUGUAUAUACAUAGCAAACUGCUUAUUGUCGACGACCGUCUCGUGAUCGUUGGUUCAGCCAACUUGAACGAUCGUUCUCAGCUCGGAGAUCACGACUCCGAAAUCGCCGUCGUCAUCGAGGAUCCCACUCCCUGCGAGUCUUACAUGAAUGGACGCCCAUACACGGCCUCUCGCUUCGCCGCCUCUCUGCGUCGAUACCUCUUCCGCAAGCAUCUCGGCCUCAUCCCCAACCAGCGUUGGGACCAGCCCGACAGGAACUGGACGCCUGUUGAUCGUGACCCCAACGACUACGACUGGGGUUCCCCAGCCGAUCUCCUCGUUCGCGAUCCUCUGCACCCAGACUUCCACCGUCUCUGGACCAAUACCGCUCGCGUCAACACCGAGACAUUCGACCGUGCAUUCCACCCCGUUCCUACCAACAAGGUCAGGACGUGGAAGGACUACGAGUCCUUUUUCACCCAGUACUUCAUCAUCCCGGGCAAGAAGGACCAGGAUGUCAAGGAGGAGUUGAAGAAGGGCAAGGUUGAGUAUGGCCAUAUCGUGCAGUCCGAGUUCCCUGGUGGUGUGCAAGAAGUGAAGCAGUGGCUUUCGCGUAUUCGUGGCACGCUUGUUGACAUGCCUCUUGAUUUCUUGGUCGAUGCUGGAGAUAUCGCAAAGGAAGGUUUGGCGCUCAACAGUCUCACUGAUGUGCUCUACACUUAA